CCCCGAGCCGUGCCAUAAGACCCUGUUUAUAAAUGAUUUGGACUCCCAUGGUCAGGUUGUUUGACCUGCCUCAGUACACAGCACUUCUUGGGGAUGGACUCCAACCCGGCUGACCCUCGGCUCGCAGCCAUCAACAACCAGAGCCCACCAUGUCUAGAGUUUGCCAGCACUCCCAGCUCGAACUCGGAUGGAGGAAUUACUUUGGCUGAGCAAACGGGAAAGGAGCUCGGCCCUCUCACUCGCCUGGCUCGCACACUCAGCGAAAAAUCCAAACAUUCGCAGCAUCCCCUUCCUUUUACCACACAAAACGACGCGCUCAAUCCGCAUAGUCCUCACUUCAACGCGCGGGCCUGGGCCAAGGCAUUCUACGAGUUUCGCUACAAUUCCGAAAACAGUCCCUCCUCACGGGUGGCCGGGGUCGCGAUCAAAGACCUGAAUGUGGCCGGUUAUGGGAGUCCGGUAGACUACCAGAUGAGCGUUGGGAAUGCUCUGUUCAAGCUACCAAUCCUCCUCCGACAGUUUCUCGGUGGGACAAAACGGAAGAUUGAGAUACUGCGAGGUGUCGACGGGCUACUUCGUCCAGGCGAGCAAUUAUGUGUGCUGGGACCCCCAGGUGCAGGCUGCUCGACCUUGCUCAGAACCAUUGCGCAGGAAACACACGGCUUUGAAGUCGACGCGGCAUCAUACAUCAACUACCAGGGCAUCACGCCAAAACAGAUGUCCGCCCAGUUUCGCGGUGAAGCCGUCUAUACGGCUGAGGUCGAUGCACAUUACCCCCAACUCGUCGUGGGGGACACGCUGUACUUCGCUGCCCUUGCCCGCGUUCCGCGGGAGAUACCUGGGGGGAUGACAGCUCAGGAGUAUGCCACUCACCUCCGGGAUGUGAUAAUGGCACUGUUCGGGAUCAGUCAUACCAUCAACACUAAAGUCGGGAACGACUUUGUACGGGGAGUGAGCGGAGGGGAGCGAAAGCGUGUCACCAUCGCCGAGGCGGCAUUGAGCUAUGCUCCGUUGCAGUGUUGGGAUAACAGUACACGAGGCUUGGAUAGUGCCAAUGCUGUGGAGUUCUGUCGGACGUUGAGAACUCAAGGUGACAUCUUCGGGGUGACGUCCUGUGUCGCCAUCUACCAGGCACCCCAGGCGGCCUACGACCUUUUCGACAAAGUGACCGUUCUUUACGAAGGACGACAGAUCUACUUUGGUCCCGCGCAGGAAGCUAGGGAUUACUUCAUUCGCCUGGGAUUUCACUGCCCCGAUGCACAGACGACCCCCGACUUCUUGACCUCGAUGUCCAGCCCUGUUGAACGAAUCGUUCGCCCCGAAUGUGAGCAUACCGUGCCCCGAACCGCCGAUGAGUUUGCCCAGCGGUGGCAAGAUAGCCCCGAGCGCCAGGCUUUGCUUGACGAGAUCAACCAUUAUGUUGACCAGCACCCGUUCCACAACUCGGACCUGGAUCAAUUUGUGUCGGCACGACAAGGGGAGAAAUCCCAGGUCCAACGGCGGCAGUCUCCAUACACCUUGUCGUACUGGGGCCAGAUACGCAUCUGUCUCUGGAGAGAUCUGCAGCGAUUGAAAAACGAUCCAAGCGUGACUCUGGUAAUGCUCAUUGGAAAUUUCUUCGAAGCGUUGAUCAUCUCUAGUGUAUUCUACAACCUGCCGGAUAAUACGUCGUCCUUUUUCUCUCGUGGGGCGCUGCUUUUUAUGCUGGUCUUGUUAGCGGCCUUUGCAAGCAUGCUGGAGAUCAUCAACCUGUACGAGAAACGGUCAAUCAUCGAGAAGCACAAGCGCUACGCCCUGUAUCAUCCAAGUGCGGAGGCUAUAUCAUCCAUCAUCAUGGAUAUGCCCUACAAGAUCAUGAACCCCCUGCUCGUCAACCUUGUGUUGUAUUUCAUGGGAAACCUGCGCCGGGAACCAGGGGCAUUUUUCUUCCUUUAUCUAAUUGCAUUUUCGAUGAUGAUGGGGAUGUCAAUGUUCUUUCGCUUCUUCGCAUCAAUAACCAAGUCGCUUGAGCAAGCUCUUGCGCCCUCGUCAAUUAUUCUGCUUGCGCUAAUCCUGUACACGGGAUUCGCUCUCCCUGUCAGCUACAUGCGCGGCUGGGCCUCGUGGAUCCGGUGGCUAAAUCCGGUCUCGUACGGUUUUGAAGCUGUGAUGGUCAACGAGUUUCACAAUAGGGAGUUUCCUUGCGUCUCUUUCGUUCCCUCUGGGCCCAGUUAUGAGCAUGUGUCGAGUAUAGAGAAGGUCUGUUCGACGGUGGGAGCAGUCCCGGGUUCUAACGUCGUGCAAGGCACCGCCUUUGUGCAAGCCUCGUAUGGUUACGAGUUCAGUCAUCGCUGGCGCAACUUUGGCAUUAUCAUUGCUCUGACCAUUGUCUUGGCCAUCUGUCACCUGGUUACCACCGAACUCGUUUCUAGCCAGCGCUCCAAGGGUGAAGUGCUAGUGUUCCGGCGUAACAAAAUGCGUCAAGCCUCCGCGACGCAGCAGAGAAGGGACGAAGAACACGGGCCUGGCGCUGGAGUACCGGUAGAAAAGGUUGCAAGCCAGGGGUCAGAGAGUAUCUCAGGGGUGGAGAAACAAUCAUCCAUCUUCCACUGGGAAGAUGUGACCUACGACAUUAAGAUCAAGGGCGAAUCAAGGCGCAUUCUGGAUCAUGUUGAUGGCUGGAUUCGUCCAGGCACCUUGACAGCACUGAUGGGCGUCUCCGGAGCGGGCAAAACCACCCUACUAGAUGUCUUAGCAAGUCGCACGACCAUCGGCCUUAUAGGUGGCAACAUGCUGGUUGAUGGUCGAAUACGAGACGAGUCUUUCCAACGGAAAACCGGCUACGUGCAGCAACAGGAUCUUCACCUACACACGUCUACCGUCCGAGAGGCCCUCGAGUUCAGCGCCCUACUCCGCCAGCCGCCUCAGUACAGCCGGGCGGAAAAGCUGGCUUAUGUCGACACCGUCAUAGAUCUUUUGAACAUGCGAGAGUAUGCUGACGCCAUUGUAGGAGUCCCCGGCGAGGGCCUCAACGUGGAACAGCGAAAACGACUGACAAUAGGGGUGGAACUUGCCGCACGUCCCAAACUCCUGCUUUUCCUCGAUGAGCCAACCUCGGGUCUGGACAGCCAGACCAGCUGGUCCAUCUGCAAUCUGAUGGAGACUCUGACCAAGAACGGGCAGGCCAUUCUCUGUACAAUCCAUCAACCAUCGGCGAUGUUGUUUCAACGCUUUGAUCGACUUCUGCUUCUGGCCAAGGGCGGCAAGACGGUUUACUUCGGCGAGGUUGGCCAGGGAUCCCAGGUUUUGAUGGAAUACUUGGUCCGUAACGGGGGAUCUGCCUGUCCCCCGGGGGCCAAUCCAGCAGAGCAUAUGCUAGAAGUGAUCGGGGCUGCUCCAGGAGCCCGGACGGACAUUGAUUGGCACACGGUGUGGAGAAACAGCCCCGAAUACCAGGAUGUACAGAAAGAACUCGCGAACUUGAGGGCAUUGGCGAGCCAGCCCUCUCCUCUGUCAGAUCCACAAGACAGGUCAAGCUAUGCCGAGUUCGCCGCGCCCUUUUCUGAACAAUUGAGUCAGGUUAGCCGCCGUGUUCUCCAGCAGUACUGGCGCUCUCCUUCCUACAUCUACUCCAAAGCCAUAUUGAGUGUUGGCUGCGCUCUCUUCAUUGGCUUCUCUUUCUUCAACGCCGACAACACUCGACAGGGCCUGCAAAAUCAGAUGUUUGGUGUCUUCCUCUUCCUGUUCGUGGUCGUCCAGCUUGUCAUGCAGAUUAUUCCAUCUUUCGUCGCCCAGCGGACCCUCUACGAAUCUCGCGAACGGCAGUCCAAGACAUAUGCGUGGCAAGCAUUUGUUCUCUCCAUCAUCGCGGUGGAAUUCCUUUGGAAUACGGUCAUGGCGAUACUUUCCUUCUUGGCCUGGUAUUACCCCGUUGGGCUAUACCGCAAUGCCGAAUAUACUGGGGAAGUGCACAGUCGCGGUACCCUUACUCUGCUCCUUAUCUGGGCUGUAUUCUUGUUCACCAGUUCGCUGGCACACAUGUUGAUCGCAGGGAUGGACAGUGAUCAGCUGGCAUCAGCGCUCUCCAACAUCCUUUUUAUCAUGAUGUAUGCAUUUUGCGGGAUUCUGGCCACCCCGGAUGCUCUUCCUGGGUUUUGGAUCUUCAUGUAUCGAGUCAAUCCCUUGACCUACCUGGUCUCCUCCUUGCUAUCGACAACACUGGGAGAUGCCCCCAUGCAUUGCGCUGACAAUGAGGUCUUAUCUUUCUUUGCUCCCUCUGGAAUGAGCUGUGGCGACUACAUGCAAGCGUAUCGGUCGGUCAACGGCGGCUAUGUCUUGAACCCGAAUGCCCGGGGCAGCGAGCAGUGCAAGUUCUGCAGCUAUGACUCGACUAAUCAGUACCUUGCUAGUCUUCAGAUCCAAUUCUCAGACCGUUGGCGGGAUUUCGGGCUACUUUGGGUAUACAUCGUGGUCAAUACUGUGGGAGCUAUUGCGUUCUACUGGACUUUCCGUGUGCCCAAGGGUAAGAAGACUUAGAGGUCUUCUAUCGUCAGGUGUCUCUCUUCUCCAUUUCUCCGUGUUGCUACUCAUUUCUAUUUACGUGGGUAUAUCUCUAAUAUUUGUCACUGCCAAGUUGCGGUUCUCCCUCCACUGUGCCCUGUAUUGUCAUAUCUCAAGUUGCACGUAGAGCGUCAUGCUCUCCGUGCUCCACCGGAAUUCUGUUAUACAUAUCCCUUUUUUCGCGGAAUUGAGAUGCUAUGUAAAUAUUGCCGGUAAGAACCUGUGAGUGAAAGAUACUUGACAUCUUAGGGUUUACACAUUUCCGUGUUCUCGCCCGGUGAGUUCCACUCGAAGCCGGUCAUGUAGUUAUCUGGAGUCACAAAGUCG